AUGGGUGCUGCAACCCAUUGUACUGAGAUUGCCAUUGUCGGCAUAGCAGCGGAGCUUCCAGGUGGUUACAAGAGCGCGAAAAACCUCGACUACAAAGCUUUCUCUGAAUUUUUGCUCCAGAAAGGGGAAGCGUAUGAGACCAUUCCUUUGGAAAGAUUCAACAUAGAAGGCCUACGAGGGCAGGGUGUCGGUAAAGUUUUGACGGACACAGGUGCCUUUCUGAAAGAUGUCCAUUUGUUUGACUAUCUCGAGUUUGGUAUGACGAGCAGGGAUGCCCGACUCAUGCCUCUCAGUACUCGCAAGCUCAUCGAGCUGGCUUUCCUUAGUCUUCUAGAUUCUGGGAUCGACUACAGGGGGCACAAUGUAGGAUGCUACAUGGCUGGCGUAGCACACGACAUGUUCGCAAUCUCCGGCCAUGAUGACUAUGAAGCCCGAGGUACUUUUGUCUACGGGCCUGCCAUGGUCGCAAACCGCGUGUCGUAUCAUCUUGACCUUCGCGGGCCGUCAAUUCCAAUUGACACGGCUUGUAGCUCGAGUCUUUACGCGACACAUCUUGCAGUGCAGGCCUUGAGAAAUGGUGAAUGCGAGGCUGCCGUUGUGGGUGGUUGCCAGAUAAACCACAGGCAUGUGAUCGACCUCCGGCCUACCAUUUCAUGUAUUCUAAUUCGUCACGCUAGGUUUGCGGAAUGGCUCAUAUAUUCCGAAGGAGGAGUCUUGGCUCCUGAUGGGAAAUGCAAGCCGUUCGAUGCAUCCGCCAAUGGAUUUGGCCGAGGAGAGGGUGCCGUUUCGAUUGUCCUCAAGCCAUUGGAUGCUGCGCUUCGCGACCACGACAAUAUAUAUGGGACAAUUCUUGGAACUGGUGUCAACUCAUCCGGUUCUCAAGCACCGGCAAAUGCUCCAGUAGCCGCAGCGCAGCAGGAUGCGAUGCUUCGCGCUUUUGUGCAGGCACAACGGCUACCUCAAGAAGUUGAUUUCGUAGAGCUGCAUGCAACAGGUACUGCUCAGGGUGAUCCGGCCGAAGCAAAUUGGGUUGGCGCACAGUUCCAAAAAGGUGAAGAGUUGAUUAUCGGCAGCGUCAAGGGAAACAUAGGACACCUGGAGAUUACGGCAUUUCUGGCGUCUCUGUGCAAGGUGUGCUCCAUGUUCCAGACAAGGCUCAUACCGCCCACCGUGAAUCUAGACACUCCCAAUCCGAGUAUCAGAUGGGACGAGUACAGGCUUCGCGCACCUACGGAAGUGGAGCUUCUUCCGUGUGGCGGAGCGUCCGGUCGCUCGCUCGUUGCCUUGGCUAGCUCUGGGAUCGGAGGCGCUAACGCGCACUGUGUCGUUCAAGGUCCGCCUCUUCAGCGCAGUCACGUUUCUUCGUUCUGGAGCAAUGACGACGUUCCCGCACUCUUCAUUGCUGGAGGGUUGUCACCGCGCUCGACCACAGCUCUAUAUGAGGAACUGCAAGAACGUGAUAUCCUCGAGAACGUCCAGUACCUGUCUCGCAUCUAUGGCCGAAGAUCGCGGUCGAUGAACUGGAGAUCUUUUGCGGUGGCCCAUGAUGGACGACUCUCUUCCUUCUCGAAAGCGUUCAUGGUUCCCAAAUCGACGCCUCCUCUUGUCUUUGUAUUCUCCGGUCAAGGACCUCAGCAUCUUAAUAUGGGCCGUGAACUCUUCAAGACUUGCAGCGUAUUUAGCCAAAGCGUGGCGGAAAUGGACGAAAUAUAUCGUAGCGUCCUUGGUCAUUCUCUGCUCGAGACCACCGGCCUCUUCGCAGAUCACGUUGGGAACCAACCUUUGGGCGACAUUUGGCCAAUUGCAGUCACGCUUCCUGCCCUCACGAUCUUGCAGAUAGCUCUGGUCGAUGCUCUUGCGAGCCUUGGUAUUCGACCGAAUGUCGUCAUCGGGCAUUCCGCAGGAGAGACUGCUGUGUUGUACGCCUCUGGUUCUGGUUCGAAGGCGAUGGCUGUUGAGCUCGCGAUCGCCAGAGGACGAGCGAUGUCACUGCUGGAAGAUGCUCAUGGCACCAUGGCUGCUCUUUCGUGUUCGCCCAGCGAGGCAGCCCAGAUCAUACAAGCUGUCGCUGCCGAGCUUGGAUCUGCCGCUGUCCUGGAGAUUGGGUGCUACAACACCCCGAGUGCCGUGACGCUUUCAGGAGCAGAAGACGCCAUUGAUCUCGCCGUCAAGAAGGCAGAGGCGUUGGGUUUUCUUGCAAGACGAUUGCGUACUCGCAUCCCUGUGCAUUCGGCGUUGAUGGCGCUCUGCCAAGAACAGUACGAGGAGUAUGUGCACGACGUCUUUCUCCGUUACAAUACCUCCAAACCCACCGUCGAAACGUAUUCAACGAAGACGGGCGACCUUUUCAACACUCCCUUCGAUGCGCAGUACUUCUGGGAUGGUACUCGCGGGCCCGUCAUGUUCACUGAUGCUAUGCAGGCCUCCCUCUCACAAAAUCCGAACUCUACCUUUAUAGAGAUAAGCCCUCAUCCCGUUCUGUCCAGCUAUAUUUCGUCCAUGGCUGGAAAGGACUCCACCGUGCUCUGUCCACUGAGGCGGCCGAAACGCACGGAACACAGCGUAGAGACGCUCGGUCUGGUUGAUUCUCUCGGAAGACUCAUUGUCGCAGGUCACAACUGUGUCAACUUCGACGUUCUUUGCCACGCCACGGGCGACGUCGACGAGACAGUACCGCCGUAUCCAUUCGCUCGGAAGGACAUUCCCUAUAGAGCACAAACUGCAGAAGUCACGAGAUUGCGACAAUCGCGCAAUGGUCCUCUGAACUACCCCCAGCUACAAGUCAAUGCGAAGACGCAUCCAGGUUUGGCGGAACAUGUCAUCAAGGGUGAACCAAUCAUGCCCGCUGCAGGAUAUUUAGAGAUGGCCCUCGAAUUCGGGGCGAAAAAGCUGCUGAACGUCGAGUUCAUAUCGUUUCUAGCCUUAUCUUCUGAGCAUCCCACUCCUGUCCACGUCAAGCUAGAAGGGUCUCACUGGACAGUUAGCAGCGCAUCGUCUGCCGAUUUCACGAAGUCAUGGCCACCUCAGUACAAUCGCUUGCAUGCGAAAGGUUAUCUUUCGAUGAAUGCAUCCGCAGGGGAACACCGAGAUCCUGUACCAUUAGAUUACAUUCGCGAGAGACUCCAGCCUGUGGAGAUGAAUGGUAACCUCGCUUCCCACUCUUACGCACCUGCAUCUGAUUGGGCUGUCAGAAUUCUUGCUUGCAACAUGGGUACAGAUGAGAACGGGCGCGAUGAAGUACUGGUGCAAGUUCGUGGAGCAGACCAUGAUAUUCCCGAUCUUUCGGAGUACCACAUACACCCUGCUAUCCUUGACUGUGCCUUGCAUGUCGUGGUGCAUCCACUUAUUACCGGGAGCAGAGACAAAGGGCGUUACUACCUUCCCUCGAAGGUUGGUACGCUUAUAAUACAUGAUGCAUUGCAAAAGAAGUCAUUCCCGCGAAUGAUUUAUGCACACGCGGUGCUCCACAAGUGGCUGCCUGACUCGCUAAUAUGGAAUGUCUCCAUUGUUGAUGAAGAGGGGACGCACCUGUGCACUUUGGAGAAGCUGGAGGUCGCCCUUCACGGUCAGUCGAGGAAAGCAGUACAAAAACGAUACGACGUUGUAUAUCAGCAAGCCGGUAUCUCUGUGGCUGGCCGUCACAAAAGCAAUGAUCCAAGACUGUCUGCCGACGUCGUCAGUCCAUUAGCGCGAGUUGCAGGGAUAUAUGGACUUGCCAGCAGUGUGGCGAUGGUGUCGCGCUUCUUCUUCCCUUUCAGAUCGGUUCGACAAUUACUCUUCCCCUCUGCAUCCGAGUACGUUGCACGCAUCCCUACAUCUGGCAGCUGGAGUUCACAUACAGAAGACGACUCUCACAAGCAAGAAUCUGUCAGUGACACGGCCAGCGUCUCAUCGUCCGCCGGUGACGAACAUGCAUCUUCUGCUAGUACUUUGGGUGGGGAGUCAUCUCCGGUGGUAAUCGACUUCGUUAGAGGCAAGGAGAUCAGGAUCCAGAAACUCGUCGCCAGUCUAGAUCCUUUGGCAGAGCACUCCUUAUGGUUCCUGGCCACUAUGGGACUCGAUGGCGAUGCCUCUCUCGGAUUCACGCGAUCCCUUCGAAAGGAGUAUCGUGUCUGGACCAUACGAGUUGUUGUCUUCGACUCCGCAUGGACCGACCUCAUAGAAAGGCGGAACGUAAUGCAUGAUCUUAUGGACGUACCCGACUGCGAGCUUGAGUUGAUGGUGGAUGCUCAUGGCUCUGUGCUCGUACCAAGGAUUGCUCCGACAUCCCCACCUCCAACUGUAGCUGUAUUCCGGCCUCACCUUCCGUGGAGGAUGCAGACAUCGGGGCUGGAGCAAAUCUCACUUCCUCCCGUCCCUGACGAGCACGUUCUUGUGCGAAUCGUGAGUGUCGUACAAGGCGCUGGGCCGCUUUGGUCGUUUGUAGGGCAGACUGACGAUCGCUCUUCGGCCGUCGUCGGUUUGGCUGGUGGUUCACCUUCUAACGUUAUAGUUGCUCAUAGAGGAAGCUUGGUAGAGCGUGCCAUUCCGAGAGGCAAUUUGGGGCCCUGUGUGCUUGCAUCUGUGAUUGCCGUACUAGCCCUUGGGAUCUCGUCUUUCACUCAUCGGGAACGUCUUCAACAAUCGUCGAUUCUGGUGACAGAUGCAGACACCACUCUAGGAAGCCAGGUUGCACAAAUCUAUACUGCACUUAGGCUUCACGCUAUGACAUUGCCUGCGCACUGCAUUGCGGACAUGAUGCAGUUCUCCGAACAUCCUCCCAAAAUUGUGGUGUCUGGAACGGAGGAUGUGUCGGAAAUCCGCGCAUUGCAAGAUCUAGUAGGCUCACACGGUAAACUGUUUCUGUGGAAUCACCGUGUCGAAGGCAUUGCGCGUAUCCUUGCUACUGAUCCCUGGUCCAUUGGUGACGCUUUGCGGUGUGCAUUCAAGGAAGGCGCAGAACACAGAGAGCCGUUCCAACGUAUAGCAGAUCUUGCACACCCUUACGCAUCGAUGCAAGUACCACUUGUCUCCAGUCUCUUUGAUCAUGCCAAGUCUUAUUUGCUGGUCGGAGGUGUAGGAAGUCUGGGUUUGCGUAUCGCGUUGUGGAUGUACCAGAAUGGAGCUCGGGAGAUUAUAUUAACAUCACGUUCAGGACGCAAGAGCGUAACCUCACGCUCAGAGUCUGUUGCCAGACACAUUCUCAAUUACUUGGAAAGUCUUCCUGAUCUGGUGCUUCGAGUGGAAGCAGCAGAUGCACAGUCGACCCCUAGAAUGAUGCGCGUUGUCAAGGACAUGCAGAACCCUCUAGCUGGGUGCAUGCUGCUCGCUGGGGCUCUCGUGGACAGGUCAUUCGCAUCACAGACCCAAGAAACAUUUGAGACUCCGUUCACGCCAAAGGUUGGCGCAUUCAAGGCUUUGGAAAAGACCAUUCCGAUUGCGUCUCUCGAUUUCUUGGUUGCCUUUUCUUCUGUUUCCGGUAUGUUCGGAAACGCGGGACAGACAAACUACGCAAGUGCGAACACUGCUUUGGCAGGCUUAACGAAGAAGUACCGAAACGCAUUCACUCUUGUUACUCCUGCGAUCAUCGAUUCAUAUUUCGCUCUAUCCGCCGAAGCUGCUUCCAAGUAUGGACUGUUGAAGCAUUUGGGUGACUGGGGAAUGACCGGAUGGGAUUUUUGUGAGUACAUUGGCGACGGUAUUCGCCAAUUGCGGGAAGGACCUGUGUGGCAGUAUAUCCCCGACUUCGACUGGCGCCUAGUAUGGGACAACAUGGGGCCUUCCACUAUGUACGCUCAACUCGUGCCUGAUAAUGUCGCGGAUUCGACCGAAGCACAACCAGAAGAUGCUGCAGUAAGUCUACGCAACGUCGUCUGCAAAGUGCUGGACGUGGCCCCGCAAGAUCUGUCUCGCGACAUGCCGUUUACAUCCUAUGGCCUCGAUUCGCUUUCUGCUGCAUCAUUGUCAUACGCACUGCGUCCUGUGCUUGCGGUUUCCCAAAUUCAGCUCCUGGCAGAUCUAACACUAGGUCAACUUGAAGAUCGUUUGAAGGAAACGACCGAGGAUGCAAUAGCGAAUGGUGUAGAUGGGGUGCAAGACAUGCAGAAGGAAACCAACAAAUCCCGCGAGAUGUUGAAGUUUGUCGAAAGGUACACCACCAAUCUCCUGCAGCUAUCUUCCAUUUCUCCUCUGUUUGUAUCUGACACGAAGAACAUCCUCAUCACCGGAACCACUGGGAGCCUUGGCGCGCACAUGCUGGCACAUCUGCUACAGGCAGCGUUUCCGCUCAAGGUCUACGCGCUGCUGCGAAAGGGGCCUCAAGGCGUUUCUACUGCAGCGCGCCAGAGAAAGGCAUUUGAAAUGAGAGGACUCGACGUGACACUGCUGAAGGACGGCAGGCUUGUCUUGUUAGAGGGAGAUCUGGUUGCUCCCUCUCUCGGCCUAUCUGACGUUCUCUUCGAGACGGUUGUGGAAUCGCUCACGCAUAUUGUGCACCUGGGAUGGCCCAUCAACUUCAAUGGACCUCUGACGAUGUACGAAGCUGCGAUUCAGGGACUUCGGGCUCUGGUGGACACGUCGUCGAAACAUCGCAGCGCGUCUCCGGCGAAGCUGAUCUUUGCUAGCAGUAUCAGUAUGAUCCGCAAUCUUCCAUACUCACAUCUGGUAUGCGAGGAGCCCCUACUUGACCCUAUGAUUGCACUUGACUCGGGGUAUCCGGAAUCAAAGUGGGUUGCAGAGCGUAUACUCGGUCUUGCCUUGGAGAAGGGCCUGAGAACGACGGUGGUGAGAGUAGGACAGCUGAGUGGUGGCGCGAACGGAGCAUGGAAGACAGCUGAAUGGUUUCCUGCCAUGAUCUCGGCCAGUGUCACUCUAGGUUGCUUGCCAAUGGCUUCUGGAAAUAUCUCCUGGCUACCAGUUGAUGUUGCUGCGCGCGCAUUGAUCGAUAUGCUUGACACGCCCCAGUCGGUUCUCCACUUGCGUCAUCCGACACCCAUGUCGAUCUCUACUGUCGUCCCGCUCUUCUCAGAGUGUCUAGGGCUACCUGUUGUCUCUUACGCCGAGUGGUUUAGCCGCCUCAAAACUGGCCUCGCACGCCGUGAGAACGGAACGGAGGCCAAAGGACUGGCAGGUCUGGAGCCGGCGAUGAGGCUGAUGAACGUGUUUGAGCUGUCAAUGCAGGCGUGCAGCUCCCAGGACAACACUGAGGAGGGUAGCAGAGAGGACUUCGGUUUGACGUGCAGCGUCGACGUCACCGAGGGUCUUGCUGCAUCGGCAACGCUGCGUGAAGCUGCCAGCACGCAAAUUGGGAGGGAAGAUGUGGAACGGUGGUUGAAUUGGUGGCGAGAUGUGGGCUUCUUGCCUGCGAAAGCGAACUGA